AUGAGGAAAGGCACACCCGCCUACAGGACCAAUGCGACCUUUGCCUUUUCGAUAUGGCACCAGGUGACCUGGCCAUUGCCUCAUUACACCCAUGAUAACCUCCUCAACGUUGGAAGACAAGAGCCUCGUAUCAGUGAGCCCGUCGAUUGCCGAAUCGUUGGGAAUGCCGCAGCUGGCUUUACUGCCCCCAACCCUCCCCAAGAUACCAGGUCCAAGUCUCCUGACAGUGAACUUUGGGCUUACUUGGGUAUCAAAGAUCUUGCAGAGAGAAUUUCAUCUGCAGCUGGCCAAGAUGACCUGUCUUGUAUGCUUGACAAAGUCGAGUCUUGGACUAGGGGCGCGGGUGCACCGGUGAUGAGCGACAGUUUUGCUGGGGUUUGGUGUAUGCGGGUCACGAUAGAUCGCCGCAGUAUACGCAACAUUGAAAGAAUCGCUGGUAUCCCUUCUUACGAAAAUUGGCGGAGUGAAAGCCUUGCCUUUGCUCUGAUACCCCCAGAUCAAGCAAUGAAGAGUGUGUGUGAUUUCAGGCUUGGGGCAGCUCGUCUUGAUCUUUGGGUGGCAGCAGCUAAGAUACAAUUCUUCACCGCGAGUGGUAAAUCGAUGUUAUGCAAUGUGCGUCUGCGCACACUGGACUUGCGCAGCACCAGGGGCCUCACCUUCUUCUACAUUGGGUCUUCUCUACGGGCUACUCAUUCUCACACGUCUCGCUUCCCCACUGCGUUGACGACAUACGCGCGUUUGUCUGAACUCGAUCGAAGGGAUGUGGUUUGGGCACAUGUCCCCAUCGCACCCAAUGAUCGGAUUAUCGGAUUAGGUAUACGGACAAGUGGCAUGGAAGAUGAUUUCACUUCACCUUCUGUUCUGAUUCGUACUGAACUUGCAGGUGAUACUGUCAUCAGCCCUCAGCCCAGGCCUGUUUCCCGUGACUUGGCUCUCGUCCUCAUUAAGGAUUAUAGCUGUGGCAUUAUACCAGAGUCUCUCGCAUAUGGUUUACCUCCUACUGACGGUGAACACAUGCUUGUCGCGGUGGCAGCAAGGUCAACUAAACCUAACGCAAAAUCAACACGUCUAUUCCCUCGCACAACAUCAUCAACAAUAACCCACAGCUGCAGCUGUGUUCUUCUCCGAACCCAGAUACCUCUCCAAGGGACCACCCGGAUUGAUGUAUUCACUUGCAAAGCCACUGAUCUAUGCAGAGGAAUGCUAUUUGGGUACGAGGAUGGGGCCCAGAGGGCUGUUGGUCAAUGCCGGUUGGGAAUUGACAACGUAACAACCUACAUCAACCCCACGAGGAUUUGUUACAGUGAUGCGAUGUGGCCUCAUUGCUGUGCUGGCGAUGAUAAUUGUUCGAACGAAGAUAUAAUGAACGAGGAAAUUGAACAUUGCGAGGAGAUAGAAUGCAGCACAUCAAGGUUCCAGGGUUGA